UGUUCUAAACAGCGGACGCCGAGGGGGUGAGAGUCAGUUCCGCGAGGGACUGUCAGGGAAACAUGGCAGCCGUACGAGAAAAUGUCAGUUUAUUAUUCAAGUUAUACUGCUUGACAGUGAUGACCCUGGUGGCUGCAACUUACACCAUAGCUUUAAGAUACACAAGGACAUCAGACAAAGAACUCUACUUUUCAACCACAGCCGUGUGUCUCACAGAAGUUAUAAAGUUAUUGCUAAGUGUGGGAAUUUUAGCUAAAGAAACUGGUAGUCUGGGUAGAUUGAAGACAUCUUUAAGAGAAAAUGUCUUGGGGAGCCCCAAAGAACUUAUGAAGUUAAGUGUGCCCUCAUUAGUGUAUGCUAUUCAGAACAACAUGGCUUUCCUCGCUCUUAGCAAUCUGGAUGCAGCAGUGUACCAGGUGACGUACCAGCUGAAGAUUCCCUGUACUGCUUUAUGUACUGUUUUAAUGUUAAACCGGACACUCAGUAAAUUACAGUGGAUUUCAGUUUUUAUGCUGUGUGGUGGAGUUACACUUGUACAGUGGAAACCAGCCCAAGCUACGAAAGUCAUGGUGGAACAGAAUCCAUUGUUAGGGUUUGGCGCUAUCGCUAUUGCUGUAUUGUGCUCAGGAUUUGCAGGAGUGUACUUUGAAAAAGUUGUAAAGAGUUCAGACAUUUCCCUUUGGGUGAGAAACAUUCAAAUGUAUCUAUCAGGGAUUGUUGUGACAUUAGUUGGCGUCUACUUGUCAGAUGGAGCUGAAAUUAAAGAAAAAGGAUUUUUCUAUGGUUACACAAGUUAUGUCUGGUUUGUCAUCUUUCUUGCAAGUGUUGGAGGCCUCUAUACUUCUGUUGUGGUCAAGUAUACGGACAACAUCAUGAAAGGCUUUUCUGCAGCAGCAGCCAUUAUCCUUUCUACCAUUGCUUCUGUGAUGCUUUUUGGAUUACAGAUAACUCUUACCUUUGCACUGGGUACUCUUCUCGUUUGUGUUUCUAUAUAUUUCUAUGGAUUACCCAGGCAAGACACCACAUCCAUCCAACAAGGAGAAACAGCUUCAAAAGAGAGAAUCAGUGGUGUGUGAUCUCAGCCGCAAAAGAGAUUCCUACUAAGAUUAAACCAUUUGCAUUAAACUAGAGCCUUAAAUAAAUCCCAAAAGGUAGCUUAAACAAAACAAGUAUAACAAAUUAACUGUGUGUCGGGUAAGAAUUAAGAAGAAAGCUAUCUGAGUGAAUUGCUACAAAAGAGUAAAUGUGACCUGACUGGGGUCAACCCAUUUUGUUUUAGAAUGAAGGAAUUUUUAAAUUAUAUAUAUAAUGUAUAUAAAAAGUAUGGCGAUGAUACGGUGUUAAAAAAUCAUGUGAGGCUAUAAUAUUCAAAUAACAAGGUUUGGGACAAUGUUAAAGUUUAAAGUGCCAAAGCCAUUUCUGUACUAACUGUUCUCUUGUUCAGGUACCAGAGAAGAAGGACAGCCCCUCCUUGUUCUCCAAUUUAUGUACAGUAUUUUGUCCUAACAGAAGUAAAGACCUAGUUCUUUUCUUGCAAGAGAGACAAAAACAAGACAGUCUAGUCAGAACAAAUUGAAUGUGCACCUCCUCAAACUGAAUAUUUCAUAACUCAGACAGUGGUGACUGUCUGGGUGGUGACCGAGUACUCCGUUAAGUGCUGUAUUUGUGCCAUUCAUUGUCUAGAGUCAUAUUUCUUGGUUGUUAGAUGAUAUACUUUUCUUCAAAAAAUAUUUCUAAUGUCACUUUUGUACUUUUUUUAUAAAGUAUGUUUAGCUGUGGGGCUUUCAAUAAUUUGUGAAAUUUCUGUGUUUUUAAAAAAAUUCUAUAAUGUUAAUGGGGAAAUUCAGCAAUAAACUUUAUAUAAAA